CCUUGCACGGCAUGCGUCAAAAAAUGACUGACAAGCAAUUACAGAUAUGCUGCUUAUGGACUUCCUAGUAAGGGACGGAUCAUGUUUCAGUUGAGCCUCAUCUCGAGAUGGCUCCUCGACCAUCGUCCGGAAGCUUUGGUCCACGGCCCUUUAUCAUUGCGCAAUACUACCUGCCGAGGGAGCGCACGUCCAAGGUUCUUCCUAAAGGACCGGGCCGACGAUUGAAAGCUGGGGAAAGUACUGGCCGCCAUGGCUCGUGGAAGCCACAGCACGUUCACCCUCCGCUGCACGAGAUGUCUAGCGCAGCUAUUGUCAGCCUGGGGUCCGAGCAUCUCAAUCCGUAAGAAACAAUAUGGGCCAACCAUUAUCGUCAAGCAGAUAUCGCUUGGGGUAUCGCCUGCAGCGUCACUAUCACUCCCAACGCGAGCGGCUGGGACACGGUCCCACGAAGUGGUUCCCAGCUGCAUGCAGAGGGAGCAGCUCCACACCCACCCGCCCCGCGACAAGACAUCGCAGCUCCCAGUUCAGCCAGCCACCAGAUUCUGUAAGCGAAGGGAUUAUGUUUCCGUUUCAUUUUGCCACGGACGUCGGAGCGGAUGCACCAGCCCCUCCAAUUCUUCCCCGUCCAGAUUGCGCAAUCAGGACCCAUCUGCCGAUAAAACCGUAGCCUCGGGAUACGGCUUCUUCCGCGGCCAUUGCGCUUUCGAGUACUUGUCAGCGUUUCUAAACGUUUGUCAAAGCCCUUGUUCUCCGAAACCCGGCGUGGCGGACUCAAACUUCAGUCGAAUGGUGUGGGAGGCUAGUCGAACAUUACUUCCCCCUCCCGGCUCAUGUCUCCAUCUGCUUGAUUUAGGAUUCAACCACUAUUUCCAAUGUUUGCGACGUUCGUACCAGAGAACUGUGCAAUCGCGGAUCGAGGAUAAUGUACAGAUCUAAACUUGCGUCUGGUCAAGCGAUACCGCGCAAUUGCUGCACUCUCGAGGCUGCUAAAGGAGUGGUCCACCCGCGGUACCACGCAGAGUCGCUGGCCCAUGAGGGCAUGGGGUUGCGGCAAGCGUCGGGACGAACAGGCGCUGCCGGUUGCCAAGUCAAUCAUGGGUUGCAAACUUUGGUUGCAGCAUCGAUGUUC